GAGUGGUAGCAAAACGUUGGAUCUUGCUAGGAAGGUCCCCAUAACUAAACGAAACUUUAUUCAUCCUUGGCUGAGACUGAGAGUUAGAUGGCAUCAUCGAUUCAGAAAAGAGGAUUUCAGGACAAUGGAUAGACGUAACCAGGAGAAUGCUAGAUGGUUGUGUAGGCUCAUUGAGCAAGAUCGGCAGGAAACUACUGCUUAUGUUGCUAAAUGGGCAACAGUUGUUGGCAACCGAGUUUUAGAAUUAGCAUUUUUAGGCCCUGAAGUGGAAGAAGCAAGAAAGGACAUAGAGGAUAUUCUCUUCCUUCGGCUCAACAAGCAUAGACAAUAUCACAUUGACAAGAUAUACAAUGAGCUAGUGCCCCAACUAGAAUACGUGGAUGGUGAACUCAUCCGCACCCAGUUUGUUGGUUUUAAUGAAAGAAGUAGAUUGAACUGUGUUGUUGAGUUUGCUAACAAUGGUCUUCCUCCACUCCCCGUACCAGAAGAAUGUUAUCAGCUUAGAAGACCCCUUACAUACCCAGAGAUCCUGGAGAAGGAACAAAAGCGGAUAACAGAAGAAUUGGCCGGAGGAGGAGAGGGGGGUAUUGAGGAGACUAAUGUUAGGGAGACUACUAGGGAGAUGCUCAGUUUGUUACCAGAGGCUAACAAGAUACAUACUCAGAGGAUGUACAACACACAGUUAGAUUUUGAAGGAGGAACUCUGGCGUGGCAAGCUGAACGGAUAGAACGGGAAGUGAAGGGUUACAUUGACCGGUACCAGGCUCAGGAGGACAGGAAUGCAGACGGAUCACGUGGUGAGUUAACGAAGCAAUACCACAAGCUGCCUCGUAAAGGGUACCGUGUAACACUUCCUCCCUUUGCACGACCAGAAGGGCUGACAGAUGAGGAUUAUGAUAACGGUUACGAGAGACUUUACCAACAGGUUGUUAAGGAGACUGGAAAAUGAGGGAUAUCUGUGCUUUUAGUGCUCAUUGUUAGGUUACUGGUUACUAGGUUACUAGCUGGUAACUAGCUGUUUACUAGCUGGUUACUAGCUUACUAGCUGGUUUAAUGCUCAUUGUUUGAAUGAUAUCUCUGUUUUUAAAGCAGUAAUUGUAAUUCUCAGUGUUAAGCUGUUUGAAUACUUGAAUAUAGGCCAUGGAAAGUGCGAAGAUUGGUAAGAUUAUAAUACGUAAUUUGAUAAAUGACGAUGUAUUUAGGCUAAGUUAUAAAGUUAUAAAGUUAUUAUGGUCAAUGAUUUGGUAUUGGUAUUAUUAUAGUUUACGUUGCCGACAAUUGGAAUCCAAUUUACAAUAGUAUUGAACAGUAACAUGGUUGGAAGGUGAGCUACAUAUUUGUUUAGACCCGUGAUAUUGGUUCACUACCUCACCACCAGAACUAUUACCUACAUUCCGAACAUAGUUUAUUUAGUUAUGUUAUCAUAGUACAUACAUGCUACAUGAAAAGGUCUCCUCCUAGUCGCUGGAGUGACCCCCGUUAUAAAAGGAGUGGUAGCUAAAGCUCGGUUAUGUUUGCACACUAUGGAGGACAGCAAGGUUAGCACUCGAUAGUGGGGGAUUAAGAAGUGCUGGACUUCCACAGUAAAACCCCGAUUUACUGCAAACCCCGGCCCGAUUUACCGCGACCAUUUCCAUUUCCCAAAUAGG